GCCUUUAAUAAACAGAAUUUUUCUUCAAAAAAGUCAAACAUUCCACAAAAAAUUAAAAUCAAAACAACAAAAUGACAAAAACCCUGUUUUGGCGCGUAAUGGGAAUUCAAACGUGGCUUGUAUUUUGAUGGCUUGACGAGAAACUUUAUACCUAUGUAUUUUCCCUUUCAUUGCUUGAUAGUUUAUGUUUAAUUUUUACUUAAUUUUUGUUUAUAUUUUAAGGCAACAAUUUUUUUAAAAAUUAAUAAAAAAUGCCAGAUGCAAAAGAUGACUCUUUUUGUUAUAAUGGCAAAAACAAUCGAGAACGAUGAAAAACGUUUUGUGUUUCUGCGAAGUCAAGUAAAUUCAGUAGAAGAUUGUAUGAAGGAUGGGCCAAAGAAGUGUCAAACAAUUAAAUCUUUGGUUAUUUUGGCUUUGGAAGAAUUUAUUCCGAUAGAAAAUUAUAAAAGUGAUCCUAGAAUGCUUGAUUUUUGGUACCUGAUGGUAAGUAGAAUUUUUUAAAAAAUAUUUUGAGAAUAAAUUUUGCGGGCAAAAAUAACUUUCGGAUUCAUUGAAUAUAUAUAGUAGUACAGACAAA